AUGGUUAAGCAACGACACUCUCUUACCGAUCUAGCCAGACACGUCCAUGCCAGGUGCGACGUUGAUACUCCCCAUAACUCGCUGUCUCUCGAGAGCGACCAUGGUGGGCCAAAUGGAUUCCGGGAGUACAUCAUCCUUUUCACAUUUCCGGAAGGAUACAGGUUCAUCUUUGGAGAGACAUACGGUCUUUCGCAGGGUCUCACCAGCAUCACCUGGGCCGGUAUAUUUGUCGGCAUGGGUCUGACGUGCCUGAUUGUUUCCACUGUCUAUACUCGGACCCGCGCCGAACACAAACGCACGAAUCGGAUCGGUCCUCCCCGAAUCCAGUCUGUGGUAUGUGAUGCUGGGUUGGGGGGGAGGGUGGGCUGGCUCCAGCUGUCCCAGUGGGCUUGUUCUGGAUGGGCUGGACCAGCUAUCAUCUGGUCUCCGCUGAUCACAUCCGCUUUCGUGGGUUUCGGGAUGACCACUAUCUUCACCAGCGACUAUCUAGAUGUCAUUGACUCAUAUGGCAUGUAUUCAGCUUCCGCCUUGGGCUUCGUGGCAUUCACUCAAUAUCUAUUGUCCGGUGGCGUUAUGAUUUCUGGCAGCACCAUUUAUGAGCGGCAUGGGGUGCAUUAUACCCUGACCGUCGUCGGCGCCAUUUGUGCUGCCAUGGCCUUUAUUCCAUAUAUGUUCUACUUUUACGGGGCGAGAAUUCGGCAGUUCAGCAAACAUGCUGCUAAUAAAGUUUGA